CGAAUCGCGAGGCGCAUCUGCAAAAAUCCAGCUACCGACCUACACAAACUACGUUGGCUGAACUCUUUUGAUUCUUCAUGUUGCUACAACUUCUUGUCAUCUUGGCUGUUGCCAUGGCUACUGUAGUUACUAGUAACUUCUGUCCAAGUUUCGCGCCUUUUUACAGUGACUAUGGUUACGCAUUGGUAGAUCACGUGAUCAAGACCCUACCUCUCUUCAAACCCGAUUGUAUGUCAGUCUGCCAAGAAACUCUCGCUUGUUUCUCCAUCAACAUUUACAAACAGAAUGGUGGUUUUAUGUGUGACUUGAACCGAUCGAACAAGAAACAAAGUCCAGGAUCAUUUGUAGCAAAAACAGGAUACGAGUACGCCGAGGCAAAGAACAUGAGCUACUGCGUUAAGGAAGACUGUCCAGUCAAAGACGCUCUCCCGGGAAAUAAGUUCAGAUUUAAUUCCUCCAUCUUCGAAUUCUUUGCUGACCGAAAAAACUGGACCAAUGCUCGUGAACACUGCCAAGGUCUUGGUGGAGAUCUCGCUUCGUUUUCCUCUGAAACUGAACUAAAGUUUGUCCUUGAAACCCUCUUAAGGUCUUUUUUACUCACUGCUAUUAAAAUGUUGUACAUGGAUGGUACAGACAUUGGACUGAGCUUGUUUGGUGGCGCAAAAUUUCAAGUCAAAGACAACAGACCAUCUUUAUUUUUACAAAAAGAUACGAAAGAUUAUGCGACCAUACCUCGCUUUAAUUUCUACACCACUGACCUGACCAUUGGAUUAUGGGUGAAUCUGAAAUCGGACAAUGAUAAAAUGUAUAUUCUAAAUGACGAAGGUGACUCGGACAAAUCUGCGAGGAUUUUUUUUGAUGAUGGACAGCUCAGGGCUGAAAUGCAAUUUCUCUCAGGUGGCAACAAUUUCCAAGGAAACGGUCGAUUAUCAACUAACGAGUGGCAUCACUUAGCUCUCACUUGGCACAGAGAUUCACGUCUAUUUAGAUUGUAUAUUAAUGGAAUACUCGACAAGCAAGACAAAAGCGGGGAGUCAAAUCCAAAUCUCAAACCAACAAAAGAACCCUAUUUUCUGAUCGGGAGAAGAUAUAGUUCGUCACCAGAAUUCAAUGGCUGGAUAAGUGAUUGGGCUGUACUUUCUCAAACGCUCUCAAACGAUGAAAUCAGUCUACUUAAAGAUGGCAAAGCUAACGAGGGGGCCUGGAUCGGGUUGAGUGACAUCCAAGUAGAAAACAAAAUUAAGUGGUCAGAUGGAACACCGCUGGUCUACCAGCGUAAUAACGACUUGUCCAACACAGAUGAUAAGGAUUGUGGGUAUUUGAAUGGGAACAGCUCUACAAGCAAAUGGGCCAUGAGCUUUUGUGAGAAAAACCUGCCCUUCAUCUGUGAAUUCCAUGAUAACAGGAAUGGCUGAAACUAUCAUCUUCUUGACCAGAAAAGCACUCAUGGUAAAAAGCUGAGAACUAAUUAAUGCGGACACAAACUGUUUUUCUUCUUUAAAACACUUUUGAUUUUACUUUCUGCGCAUGACCUUAUUGACUUCCAGGUUUGAUCACAGGAAUUCAAGCGUUUUGCGGUAAGGUGAUUGAAAGGAAGUUUAGACAGUGUCAUAUUGGACUUUAUUUUACUAUUGCACAUAGUGCAAACUUCCCUUCCUCUUCAAGGGGAAUGGAGAAUGAAUGGGGAAUGAAUAAGGAGAGAGAAGAGAAGGGACUGAAAGGGUGAGGAAGAUAAAAAAGGAGCACUCUCUUUUCCCCUCUCCUGAACCGUCUUUUUUUAGACUAGUGUUACAAAGCACUUUCUCAGGCAGCACCUUGAGAACACCCACGUAAGGAUAGCCGAAAUAAUAAGUAGGCUGCACAAGAUUCAUUGUUAUUAAAACAAAUUAGGUACGAAA